UAUGCGUAUGCCAAUGCAUCUAGAGUUCUAUCUCCCUCCCCUGCAAUCUCUCUCCUUCUAGGUAUGUUGCAUGCACAAAAUUCCUAUUUUGAAUCCACUUCUUCUUCAUCUCCUAUGCCCAGAAGUGUAGACCCGUCUCAAUUUAGCAUUGAUGAGUCAUAUUAUAAGAGAGUACAACAAAAAAAUUCUUCUGCCACAUACCAACAAAGACCUCAAAAUUCAACUGGACUAAACAAAAUGGAGCAACUUAGGUUUACAUGUAAUAGGGAUUUACAAAUUCAACAACAGAGUAUAGAUGCAGGCACCAUCUCUUUUCAAAAAUCUUUGAAUUUAACCAACCUCCAAGCUGAAGAAACCCUUCAAUUCCAGGGCAUGGCUGCAGAUCUUGGAAAAUUGAAAACUGAGCUUAAUUAGAGAGGCAGAAGAUAAUUUAGUAAAAGCACUUACAAGUA